UUCGUGCGCGCGAGUCGUGCCUGUGUUCGUAAUUUUUUCAUCGAAUUCCGUUAAAAACUGUCAAACCACUUAACAGUGCGGAUGUUUACAUAACAAAAUUCAACCUAACGGUUCCUGUUAUAAACGAUAUGUGCGAGAGUUGAAAAAACGUGUAGUGUCGAUUGUUUUGUGCAUGUCGUAAUUACAACAUGGAGGACGUUUAUACGAUAAAAGUGAAAACAAAGCCAGAUACAAGGAACUUGUAUCCGUCCGAGAGGCGCUAUUCGGCGUCCACUGUGUCCGGCCUGGCUUGGGUACACAUUGCCUUAGCUGCUACUUCGUUUUUAUUAGCCUGUCUAGCGCUGGUCAACCCAAACAUUCAAGAAGAUAACUCGCUUGACAAAAAUGCCACAGAAACGCAUAAUUCAACGGAUACAUCGACAAACACGCACGAAUAUUCAUAUCUAUUAGUUUUAGCACCAAGUUUGUUGACUAUUUUCGCGCUAGCAGCAGGCUUGGCUGCGAUAUUAGCCUCUGUACGAUGGUACAUAGACAGGAAUAUAACUUGGUUAUUCAUAAUGUCCGUACUCUCCACGAUUGUAUCUUUGACUUCGUUUAUCAUCAUUGCGGUGUGGACGCUGUCUUCGGACGAUACGUUAAAGGAAUAUAAAGAUAAAAUACUGUUGAGGGACGUGUUUAUAAUAGAACACACGCAGAUUCUAGAUAAAAACGAAUCCCACUUCGUGAUCGCGCGGAACGCGACGGAAUUCAAGGAAGAUAAUUCAAACUUGUUUACGAAACGUGUGCUGUCGAUUAAUAUAAUGAUUGCUGCGUUUCUAGAGCUACUCUGGUCGAUUCUAAGUGUAAAAAUAUCGUAUAAAGGCAUGAGAAAUAAUUAUAAAGACGGCGAUGAGAGACGCGGCAAUUGUAUUCAGGUAGUAACAACUAUCAAAGGAGACAUGAAAAGGCUACCAAGAAAUGGUAAGUUGGUACCGUUAAAAUCCAAUUUGAUAGACCAUUAUCCGAGUAGGAAAAUAAAGAGGAUCUUUUUGGCGCAAAACGAUAAUGGAUUCUAUUUGAAAAAUCAAAAUAACAAAGCAAAGAAUACAGAAACUAGUUCGGAAUUUUAUAAAGAGAGAAUGAUGAAUUUUUUGAAUCGAUGCGCGUCGUUGGACGGUGUGUCGAACCCUGAACAAACGCCUAGUAUACAAUCUGAGGUUGUGUUAAAUCCUAUACCUGAAGUAGCACCUGAAAAUGUAGAAAAUCAACCAAAAGAUACUAGAGUCACGCCAGUUAGUUGGGGCGACUCGUCUGAUCACACGGUUUAUAAUCAAAACACGCUAAAUUUGGAGAAGAUAUUUAAUUUUCGUAAAAAAGAGGACAAUGAAACUACGGAUACAAAGGAUUAGAUGGACCGUGUAUUUUUAGUUUUUUUUGUGAUAUUACGUAAUACUUACUUAGAAUUUAUGAACUUAAUUGUAAUUAAGAAGUAUUUAUAUUUUGUACCUAGGUAUGUGUAGUUAAUAUGUUUAGAUAAGCUAAAAACAUCCU